AUGGCUGUCAAGUUUCAGACACUGUUUUUUCUCAACCUGGUGCUUUCGUUUUUCAUUUCUGCCUUACCUUCCCAAGGUUCUCAAAAUAUUGAAGUUUUCUACCCAAUCCAACCCCCACCGCCUGCCCCAGAACCAAUUUCACCAAAACCUUCAAGUUCUCCUCCAAGUCCAGAAAGGCCGCCAGGUUCACAACCGUCGCCGCCAUCAUCACCAUCUUCAUCGAAUGACACCAAUAAAACUAUUGCAAAGGCAGUAGGUGUAACUGCUGCAUGCACUAUAGUUAUUGCAGGGAUGUUCUUCUUUUUCAUUAGAAAGUAUGCUUUUGCACACCGCAAAAGAGAGAGAGUUGGGGAUAGUUUCCAGGGAGGUCAGCCUAGAGUUCAUCCAGAUGAGUUUGCAAGAUUUAAUGGCAAUAUAAAGGGUUUAAUUGUAGAUGAGAAUGGUUUGGAUGUGCUUUAUUGGAGACAGCUUCAAAAAGGAAAAAACAAAAGCGGGUUUGGUAAACAGAUUAUGCAUAGUCCAAAGGAUGAAGAAGUAGGAGGAAUGGUCCGAGAAGGAAGCCGAAGCAAGAAGGUAGAGCCUGUGCGGGGAAUUCCUCCGCUUCGUGGGAAGUCUUCCACUUCCCAUGGUCCACCUCCUAAAGAUGAUGAUUCAAGUGAAACUAUAGGUCCUCUACCUCCUCUUCCGUCUCAUGGGAUUGUCCUAAAAGCCGUUGAGAAAAGGGAAGCACCGGUUCAAUCAAAAUUUUUAGCUCCAGCAUCAAUGCCACCUCCACAACCCUCAAUCCCACCACCUCCAUUACCGAUUCAAAGCAAUAAAAGUCCAAUAACACCUUCGCCUCCACCUCCACCUCCACCUCCACCAAAUAGAACUCCUGCGCCGAUACCUCCACCGGUUCCAGCGAAAAGUCCUGCCCCACCACCACCACCUCCUCCUAAAGCAGGUGGUUCAGUUACGUCUUUGAAACCUCCUACAGCAGCCAGAGAUAAGUCUACUGGGGGUAAACCAGGGGAGUCUUCUGGAGAUGCCACAGAAAACGGAAAUAAUCAAGUUAGAUUGAAGCCAUUGCACUGGGAUAAGGUGAACAAAAAUGUUGAUCAUUCCAUGGUGUGGGACAAAAUCAAUGGCGGGUCUUUUAAGGUUGAUGAUGAUCUUAUGGAAGCUUUAUUUGGAUAUGUUGCUACAAGUAGGAAAUCCCCUCCUAGUAGUAGUAACUCAAAGAAUACAAGGAAUAUUAACACUAGCUCAUCAUCACAAAUCAUGGUUCUUGAUGCCCGAAGAUCCCAGAACAUAGCAAUUGUGCUCAAAUCUCUGGCUCUCUCUCGUAGGGAACUCCUUGAAGCCCUGAAUGAAGGCCAAGGGCUUGAGGCAGAUACUGUUGAAAAGCUCAUGAGAAUUGCCCCCACAGAAGAAGAACAAUCCCAAAUCCUUAAUUUUGAUGGAGAUCCAACAAGACUUGCCGAUGCUGAGUCCUUUUUGUUCCACAUUUUGCAAGCUAUUCCAUCAGCCUUCACACGUCUUAAUGCCAUGCAAUUUAGAUCAAACUAUGACUUGGAAAUUCUCCACAUGAAGGAGUCUUUACAAAUACUAGAGUUAGGGUGCAAGGAGCUUCGCACUCGAAGACUGUUUAUGAAACUGCUGGAAGCAAUACUCAAAGCCGGCAAUCGCAUGAAUGCUGGAACUGCCCGAGGUAAUGCUCAAGCUUUUAAUCUUACUUCUCUGCUUAAGCUCUCUGACGUUAAGAGCACCGAUGGAAAGACAACUCUACUCCAUUUUGUGGUAGAAGAAGUGGUCCGGUCCGAGGGAAAGAAAUGUUUUAUCAGCAGAAGUCGUAGCCUGAGUCGCAGCAGCAGCCAUAGCAGCAAUGGUAGCUUUGAUCAUUUAACAUCAAAAGAGGACAGAGAAAAGGAAUAUAUAACGCUUGGAUUACCAGUAGUAGGAGGCCUUAGUUCUGAGUUCACUAAUGUGAAGAAAGCAGCCAUGAUAGAUUUCAACACAUUUUCUGGCACUUGCUCAGCUCUUUCUGCUCGUGUAGCAGAAAUCAAACAGCUAGUAUUGCAAUGUAUGGCUGAUGGAAAAGGUGGAUUUGUGCAAGAACUGAAAGGGUUUAUUGAUGAUGCUGAAGAGGAACUGAAGAUUAUAAGAGAGGAGCAAAAAAGAGUGAUGGAUCAUGUAAAAAGAACCAUAGAGUAUUAUCAAGCAGGGCCUUCAAAGGAUCCUUUCCAAGUAUUUGUUAUAGUUAGAGACUUUCUAGGUACGGUCGACCAGGUCUGCGUAGAAAUAGCUAGGAAUCAACAAAGGAGGAAGUCUUCAACUGCAAGUUCUGGAUCACAAUCACCUAAUUCUCAUGAUUCAAGAACCAUAAAGAAGUUCCCAAUCUUGCCCGCAAAUUUCAUGACAGGCAAGUCCAGGAGCAAUUCUAGCGAAUCGGAUGUAGAUUCAUGACCAUGAACAGGUCUUCAUCACAAAGCCAAUGUACAUAAACUUCAUAGCAAACUUCUAGAUUCACAGCAAGUAUAGCAAAAUGAUUAUUGAAUUCGUCCAUUUGUUUUGUACCAAAUUUUGAUGAAGUGGUAAAUAUAAUGAAGUCUGAUUUUUCUGAUUUAAAGUUUAAACUUGUUCCAUCGAGUAAGCACCGGAAAGAGGAGUGGAUUUUUGGACUUCAAAG